UCUAGAUAUAAAAUAUAAAAUAUAAUAUUUAGAUAGAUCUAGAUCUAGACUCUAUAAUUCUAUAUAGUAUAUAUUCUAUAGGUUUGUGUGCACAUUGUAAACUUCAAUGCUUUCAUUUGCACAUUAGAUUCUAACAUUUGUGUUAAGAUUUAAACUUGGCCUAGAACUGAAUUACUUAUUAAGAUCUCUGCAUUCAAUGAUUCAUACACAUUACACACAACUCAGUGAGUUUAACAAGUCCAGCACAUGUUUGUACUACGGAGCAGAUGAACAGCUUGAAUACAAAUUCUAAAAAUAGAUGGUAUGAAAAGAGCAAAAGAUGAACAUAACUUCAAAAGUGCAUUGUGCAAUAGAGAAUGUAUACGAGUGAAUAAUUUUAUCUCAUACACAAACGCAACGGUUUCAAUGCUCUGUGCUAGGAAGAGUUUAGCAGACAAUAACAGUUCAAGAAACACAAAAUGGCUCGUCAUAGACAAAAGUUCAAAUGUAAUUUGUGUAAUGGUUUUUUUUGUUCAUUGUUAACAUUAAAAAAUCACUUUUCGGUUCACACUGGGGAAAAACCUUUUCAGUGUUAUCACUGUAACAAAAAGUUUAGAAAUAUUUUAAAGUUAAAACAACAUUUAUCCUUUCAUCUACUUCAUCUGCGAUUUAAAUGUUCUUUUUGCGAUAAAGGAUAUUUCAUCAAGUCACAAUUACAAGAGCAUAUGCUGACUCAUAGUAUUCAGAUGAACAAUUUUCAGUAUCCAGUGCACUGUCAAAUUUGCAAUAAAGGGUUCAGAAAAUCAAGCCUCUUAAAAUCACAUAUGGUUUCUCAUACUGGAGAGAAACCAUUUAAAUGUGACGAAUGCAGCAAAGAGUUUAGUUCUAGAACAUCUUUGAAGGAGCAUGCUUUUCGUCAUACUGGGGAUAAACCAUUUCAGUGUGACUUUUGCAAAAAAGGUUUUCCAAAACAUUCCCACUAUAAAAGGCACAUUCUAGUUCAUUCAAACGAGCGACCAUUUCAAUGUGACAUUUGUUUUAAAAGGUUUAAAGGAAGCGAUGCUAGGAAACGACAUUCUCAGAUUCAUUGUAAAGAAACACCAUUUCAAUGUAGCCUGUGCAAUCAAAGAUUUAGAUUUAAAGCAAAUUUAUUAUCACACCAUAAGCAAGCUCACCAAGAUUGUAACAAAGGAAAAUGUUUUAAAUGUGUUUUGUGUAAUCAGGUUUAUGUAUGGAAGAUAUCAAUCCAAUGGCACCUGAAACAUCACAUCAGCGACAGGACAGAGCUCAGAUGUUUAUUGUGCAAUAAAGUUUUUUCCAACCCAUCUUCUUUGAAAGGCCAUAUCACGCAUCACUUAAGAGAAAAGGCGUUUGUAUGUGCACUGUGCAAUAAAAGCUUUGGCUACAGGAAUAAUUUAAGACAACACAUACAAUCUCAUGUGAUAAAGAGGAAAGUAAGAUGAACUAUAGAUCCUUAUAAUUUAAAAUUAGACAAUUUUGAUUUGGGGACCGCGUUUCACUGUAUUUGCAUGUCUUUGACAGUCAAGAAGUUUUGAACAUAAUACAUUCACUUUGGACAUAAUACAUUCACUUUGGACAUAAUACAUUCACUUUGGAC